GAUAGCCUCUUCCCUCCAACAGACCCCAUGGCUCCAUAAGACGAGCAGCUUUGCGAAUUCCUCCGAAUACCGCCAAUAUGUGGAUAAGGUCCUUAAGGCGGAGCUUGGUCCCAUUUAUGUCGGGAUUCCUCAUUUUCGCGAAAGAUACUUUGGAGGCGUGGCAGGGCUUGAAGCAGCAUCUAAGGCAGUUUUCCACAAGUGUACGGAAGGCAGUAAUCCCCUUUUCAGUGAAGGGUGGGGUGGAGCGGGUGGCCGAGUGAUGCGAAUCAGGACGAUGUGUUCAGCUGGCUUGCAGACAUGAGCGAGAAGCUGGCAGUAUUGGCAGAAGGCUACAAGUUGACUCCGACACGUAGGCGACGGCCGUUGGCCCAGCCUAACAAGCCGAUCCAGGGUUCUACAGCGGAACGGAAACUAGACGUUGGAUUCGUGGAUGACCCCGAGGCAGGAAAGGACUCUCGAUGCCACUGGUCACAGAUUCUUAUACCUGGAGAGCUGAAGAGCAACCCGUCCGCCGAUACAGCCUCGAAGGCGUGGCUCGAUCUCGGGAGGUAUGCCAGGGAAGUGCUCGCUGCUCAAGACGUCCGUCGGUUCGUCUUGGGCUUUACAAUCUGCGGGUCUCUGAUGAGGAUAUGGGAGUUUGACCGCCUAGGGGGGAUCGCAUCCGAGAGAUUUGACAUUAACAAAGACGGGUUACAAUUUGUCUCUACGGUCCUUGGGUUUCUUUGGAUGAACGAGGAACAGCUUGGUUUCGACCCAACGAUCACUACGCAGGACGGCCGACGACUUGCUACGAUCAAGCGGAACGGUCAGACAGAGCGGCUCGUCAUUGAUAAAUUGGUGAGACGGGCACCUUGCAUCGCCGGCCGGGCAACGACUUGCUGGGUAGCGCAUCGCGAAGGAGAACCAGGGAUCAAGUUUGUGAUCAAGGAUUCCUGGCAGUACACAGAGCGUGAGGAAGAGGGCGAUCUACUGAAGGAGGCGACUGACAAGGGUGUGGUCAACGUCGCCCGGUACUACCACCACGAGACCGUGUUUGUCCGUGGCGAAAUCGACGAGAUCCGAAGCAAUGUUCGAUAUGGCCUUAACAUUAUGGAGGCAACAAAUUAUCGGCCGGGGCGAUCGGAAGUUUCACCAGGGAUGAGUGUAGUAGGUGCUCCACGGAAAGGCCGUAGUAGUACCGCUAGCCUCAAGCGGUCAUCUAGCCAGACUGGCGCCGCUCUGCCGCCCAGAAAGAGAUCUUGUUUAGCGUCUCCUACGAAAGCUGAUAGCAGCGCGCUGCCAAAUCGGGUACAUAGACGUGUUAUCCUCCGCGACUAUGGAAAACCUAUUUACAAGGCGAGCUCUCUAUCGGCGCUGCUUGCUGCGCUGGAAGGCUGUAUUAAUGGGCACGAAUCCUUGCACCGGGCGGGUAUCCUCCACAGAGAUAUCUCGAUCAACAAUCUUAUGAUCAAUGAAGAUAACGACAACCCCUCUUGGCAUUCGUUCUUGAUUGAUCUUGAUCUCGCUAUCAGAGAGAAACGAGACGGCACCUCAGAGGCAAAGACCGGAACGAGAGCUUUCAUGGCCAUUGGGGCCCUUCUCGGCGAGCAGCACUCGUUCAUGCACGAUCUCGAGUCAUUCUUCUGGGUCUUGUUCUGGAUAUGUAUCCACUAUAAUGGCCCUGGCAAGGGCGAGGUUGUUACCCAGUUUGACAGGUGGAAUUACAUGGAUACUGAUGAGUUGGCAAAACUGAAACUGGGAACUGUGGUGGAAGAGGCCAUCUUCAUGAAGACAAUUACCGAUAACUUCACGCCAUACUACGCUUCACUCAUCCCACUAUUAAACAGGCUACGAAAAGCUGUUUUUCCCAAGGAUAAACCGUGGGAACGGGAAGACGAAAAGCUUUAUGCCCAAAUGAGAGACAUUCUCCGACAAGAGGGGAAAGACUUGAAAUGACGGCCGUUUGUAGCGGCAACAGCACGCUCUUGUCUAACCUCGGGACUGCCCUUGUCUAAUGACGAC